CUCAAAAUGGCGCAUGCAUAUUUGGAACACAUCUGUAAAAGAGUUGAGUCGUGCAGAAAAUUCUAGAAGAACAUGGCGGCUGAACUGUUUAGCAAGGCAAACGAAGAGUUCGUCAGUGAGAAUUAUCAGAGAGCUAUUGAGCUUUACUCGGAGGCCAUCCAGGCAGAAGAUGAUAGAGAUGACUUCUAUGUGAACAGAGCCCAGGCCUACCUCAAGCUUGAGAAGUACACAGAGGCUUAUAAUGAUUGCAGCAAGGCCUGUACGAUUAAGCCAAAGAAUGUAAAAGCACAUUUGAGGAAAGGAAUUGCACUCUUCCAUCUUAAAGAUUACAAAAAUGCUAUUGAUGCUUUCCGAGAAGGACAGUCCCUAGAUUCAGCAGAUUCAAGCUAUGCAAAGUGGCUUGAGAAAUGUGAAGCAGAGUUGCCUCCCUUAUCCUCGUCCUCGACAGAACAGGCAUCCUCAGCUCCAACAGAGCCUACGGAGGAGCCUUCAACUCAGCCGACAGCGCAGACUCCCUCAGAUUCAACAACGGAGCCUCCGACAAUGCCACCAGCAGAGCCAGUCAAGAUGCCAUCAGGACCAAAAACAAAACAUGAUUGGUACCAGACUGCCACCCAUGUCAUAGUGACCAUCCUGAUUAAGAAUGUGGCCAAAGAAGACUUCACUGCAGACAUCCAAGAGCACACAGUCAGUGUUUCCAUCAGACAGGGCAGUGGGACGGACUACAGUCUGGAGCUGGACCUGGCCCACCCGAUCGUGCCGGCACAGUCCAACUACAAGGUCAUGUCGACCAAGGUAGAGAUCAAGCUGAAGAAGGAGGAGGGCAUCCAGUGGACGAAGCUUGAAGGUGAAGGUCAGCCAAAGGAACCAACAGCAUACAUGGCAGCUCCUGUGGCGACGGCGCCGACGACAUCUCAGUAUCCGUCUUCAAGCACCGUGUCGCGUGACUGGGACAAGCUGGCCCUGGAAGUGGCCGAGGAAGAGAAGACGGAGAAGAAGGAGGGCGAUGCCGCUCUCAACUCCCUCUUCCAGCAGAUCUACUCGGAUGGUACAGACGACGUUAAGCGAGCCAUGCUGAAAUCUUUUUACGAGUCUGGCGGCACGGUGCUGAGUACAAACUGGACAGAAGUUGGCAAAGAUAAAGUCGACGUCAAGCCACCAGAUGGACUGGAAUGGAAGAAAUACUGAAAUCACCUCUCACAUCACUAUUACCAAUCUUGAAGACCUCCCUUGUCAAGUGGACAGUUGGAACUAUGUUUAUUUUUACAUACAUAUUUUGAAAACGCAUUCAGCCUUUUUAGUGAGCUUUGGGAUUCCUGUGAUUUGCUGUCAUUUCCUGUUGAAUUGAGGAUGAAUAUGCCAGCCACUUGAUAUCAUUUCCAGCAUUGAGUUGAGGAUAAGCCAAGUGAUUUGGUUCAAUUAAAGGCAGUGACAACCAAUGUUAGCUGUUCCUUAAUGGACAAGGAUGAAAUAAUGAAAGUUUCUACGUAUAACAGUAAGAUUCCUGAUUCUUGAUAUCCUCUGUUAUCCAGGGUAUUAUUUUAUUAUGAAUACCCUUGAUCCAGUCACUACCAUGUAAGUUCCAUAUCGUCGGUUGGAAACUGAUGUCACUAUCUCUAUCACCCUAGUAACUACUACUAAAUUCCUCUCGCUUGCUCAUGUCAUUCAAAUUGGACUUAAAACAAAGGUGUGUCCGCGAAUGGGUCCAGGGUAUUUAUGAUAGAAUGGUGAUAUACUACCCUGGACUAUGGAGGAUGGACUGUGAGUGUGAGGUACUCUGUUCAUAUGGGAAUGCUUAUACAGAGUAUGUGUGAAAUAUUGCUCCAGCACAAAAUAAAGACUUCACUGAAGUCAUCCUGCUGUUCCAAUAAAUUCUGUGUUAUUAUAAA